AUUAGAGUCAUCAUAUAUUUCACCUAAUGCUUGUACUUCUAUCUUCUCCUUAAAUAUAUGUUGCUUCCCAUCCUUAUUUUCAAAGUCAAUUAUCUGGAUUAACUCUUUGAAAAUAAUUUCAUGCCGAAUCUUUUGAUGCAUAUGUUGGAGCAUUGUUACUAUCUUCUAUGAUAAUUAAACAAGAAAAUAGCCUGAAAAUGAAUAAAAAAGGACAAAAUCAACACUGUAUUGGAAAAAAAAAUAGAAAAACAGGACAAAAAAUUGAAAAACAUGGAAAAAAAACCAAGUAGAAACCUAGAUUUCUACCUGGAUCGAUCUAGGCGGAUCGAUCUAGGUCUCAAAGGCAAGAAACCUGGAUCGAUCUAGGUCUCAAAGGCAAGAAACCUAGAUCGAUCCCGUUUCUACCUAGAUCAAUCUAGGCAGGACUUGGAUUGAUCUAGGACAAGCGCUAAUUAACGAACGCUUUGUGGCAUUCGUUAGUAAGAAGAAGAAGAAGAAGAAGAAGAAAAGAAAAGAAGAAGAAAAGAAGAAGAUAACCAAUGUUGUCAAAAUCGCGAGUCGGAACGUAGAAUCGCACGAUUCUACGCGUUUUUGGUGGCCUUCCGCGUUGCGUGCCCAGGCGGAAGCGGAAUCGGGUGGAAUCGUGCAGAAUCGCGUGGAAGCGUAGCGGAAAUCGUAGACUCGUAAGAGUCCAACGAUUCUACGCGAAAUGUCCGCUGGUUUUCCAAGACCGGAAGGUCGAUCGCAGCGAUCGAUCAAACACGGGUCCAAGAAACCCUAACUUUCCUAAGUCGCGUCGCGAGCCAUCGUCGCCGCAACUGCUGUGCUUCGUUCUUUUUCAGCAACCGUCGUCUCCUUCACGUACGCGUCUGUCUCCUCCUCCCUGUGCGUCCGGUGUGCGUCGACCGACACUGUGACUUCGAUUAAAGGUACGCCACCAUCCGCCUUUGUCCCUUCUCCAUCUAUCUCAUCUGUGGGUCUCUGUUCUUUACUUCUUUGGUCGUCUUUGUCCCGUCUGCAUCUCUGAAGGCUGUUGGCCACGUCUGUGGUUCGCGAGCUGCUGUUGCAGAGUUGCAGUGUCGUUGGUGAAGCUGAAGCUGCGUGGUGGUGUUCUUGUUCUUCUUUAAUUUCACGAAAAUGAGUAGAGAAGCUAGUGUUGGUGGGUCUGGUGAAGCAAGCUCCAAUAGUGGUGCAACCACUCCAAGCGUAGCUUCCACAACUAGUGGAACUUCAGAUUCCAAAAGAUUGGCAGUGAAUGCUCCUGGAAAUAGAUCUGAUCCAGGUUGGAAACAUGGAAUUGCAGUUGAUGAAAAUCCAAAGAAAGUGCAAUGCAAAUACUGUCAAAAGGUGAUAAAUGGAGGGAUUUAUAGACUCAAGCAUCAUUUGGCAGGAACACAAAAGGAUGUUGGAGCAUGCAAGCUGUUAGUGAUGAUGUAAGGAAGGAAAUGUGGAAAAUUGUAUCCUCAUUGCAAGAAAAUUUAAUAAAGAGGGCAAAGGAGAUUGAAGGAAGAUCAAGUGAUUCAAGUCCUCUUGGCCAAUAUGAAGAUGAGGAGGUGGAGGGUGCAAAAAGACAAAGGCGAGAAAUUGCAAAGAAUCCUACUGAUCUAUUCAAGAAAAGGGGUGUGAGUAGUCAAACUACCAUCAAUGGCAUUUUCAAGAAGAAUUUGAGGGAGGAAGCUUGCCAAGGGAUUGCCUCUUUUUUCUACAAUAAUGCUAUACCUUUUCAUGUGGCAAAAAGUGAUGAAUUCAAGAAGAUGCUAGACUUGGUUGCAAGACAUGGUAUUGGCUUUAAGCCUCCAUCCUACCAUGAGAUUAGAGUCAAGUAUUUGAAACAACAAGUUGAUUGCACCAAAGAAGUUAUAGAGCAGCACAAAGCAUUUUGGAAGAAAAUGGGAUGCACAAUUAUGACUGAUGGGUGGACAGAUAAGAGGAGGAGGACUAUAUUAAACUUCUUGGUUAAUAGUCCUAUGGGAACCAUUUUUUUGAAGUCAAUUGAUGCAUCUGAUAUAUCUAAAACAGCUGACAAGAUUUUCAAGUUGAUGGAUGAAAUUGUUGAAGAAGUUGGUGAAGAGAAUGUAGUGCAAAUUGUCACAGACAAUGCAGCAAACUACAAAGCAGCCGGGGAGAUGUUGAUGGGGAAGAGAAAGAGGCUAUAUUGGACGCCUUAUGCAGCUCAUUGCAUCGAUUUAAUGUUGGAGGAUUUUGAAAAAAAGAUACCAAUACAUAAAGAGACAAUUGCACGAGGUAAAAAGAUCACAACUUACAUCUAUUCAAGGACUGCGCUUAUUUCUCUAUUGCAUCAUUUUACCAAAGAAAAGGAUUUGAUUAGACCAGCCACUACCCGUUUUGCCACAUCUUACUUGACUUUGGGUUGCUUGAAUGACAAUAAGGGAGCAUUGAUUAGAAUGUUUACAUCCAAAGAAUGGAAAUCUAGUCAAUUUGCAAAGACUAAAGAUGGAAAGGUUAUUGAAAAUGUGGUAAUGGAUAAGGACUUCUGGAAAAGCAUUAUUACAUGCUUGAGGAGUGCUUAUCCUUUGAUCAAAGUCCUUCGUUUGGUAGACUCAGAUGAGAAGCCUGCCAUGGGGUUCAUUUAUGAGGAAAUGGACAGGGCCAAAGAAAAGAUACAAGCUGCCUUUAAUGGUAUUAAGAAAAGUUACUUGCCUCUAUGGGAAAUUAUAGAUGCAAGAUGGGAUAAUCAACUACAUCGGCCUUUGCAUGCUGCAGGCUAUUACCUUAACCCUCAAUUUCAUUACAAUCCUAAUUUUAAAGCUGACUUUGAAGUGAAAAGAGGAAUAUAUGAUUGUCUACAAAGGAUGGUUGAAAGUAUGGAAGAAGUAAAGAAGAUUGAUGCUCAACUGGAAGACUUCAAAUAUCGAAAGAAAUUCUUUGGUAGUGCAGUAGCCACUUGUGGAAUUGAAACCAAAACUCCAGCACAAUGGUGGGAAUCAUAUGGUUAUGAACAUCCUGAGUUGCAAAAGUUUGCUAUUCGUGUUUUGAGCUUGACAUGCAGCUCAUCUGGCUGUGAGAGGAAUUGGAGUGCAUUUGAGAUGGUCCACACUAAGAGAAGAAAUCGUUUGAAGGCAAAAACGAUGAAUGACGUAGUCUUUGUGAUGGCUAAUUCAAAAUUUGCCAAGAAGAAGGAAUUGAGGAAAGUCAAUGACUAUAGCAUUGAUGACCUAGCUUCUGAUGAUGAUUGGAUUGUGGAUGAUAGUGAAAAUUUAGAUUUGGAUGCUUCAAAUGAAGAUUUGGUUCUAGUUGAAGAAGGACCUAGUAGUGGAGCACCUCAUGAUGAUUUGGAGCUGCCUAGUUAUGAUGAUGAUGCAGUUGAAGAAGGUGGAGAUGUCAUGGAGGAUGCUGGAGAUGAAGAACACAUGGAGGAUGAUUAUGAAUUCAUGAAUUUAUGAAGCUUAGAACUUGACUAUUAUUUUUCAUGUUGUAGACUUAUAUGUUAUCUAAAAUUUGUGACUUAUGACUUAUUUUAUGUGUGGAUUGUAGAAGACCUUAUAAAUGUUUAGUUUAAUCAAAUGUUUAAUGUGUUUUUGAGGCUAUUAAUCUUAUCUAUGUUAUUUUCUAUGAGUAUAUAUAUGUUUAUAUAUAAUUUUACAUUUUGGUAGAAACUUACGAUUCGUGUUACGAUACUACGAGUUUACGAUUCUACAACUCCCUUCCGUUUCAACGUAGAAACUCGAUUUUGACAACCUUGAAGAUAACAGAAGAGAAGAAUAAUAGAAAAAUAAAAAAAAAGGAAGAAACACAUACUUGGUAUGGCGGCGCAACUAGGCAAUGGCGGCGGCGGACAGAAAUGAUCUAGGUAGGCUCGGGUUCAGGUGGUCGCGACUUCUUCUUGCAUUCUUUUCUUCUUCCUUUACUUCGUGCCUUAAUUCCAAGCCGGGCGAAAGUUUUUUUUGGCAAAAAGUUAAUUACGCAUUUAAAAAACGCUCGGGUUCAAGAGGUGUGACUCAUUCGCACCUCAGAUGAGCUCCAAAGGCGCGGCCAGGCACUCCCAACGCGCGCGCCUGAAGAACAGCACCCACCUCUUGGCGGAAAAGGUGUUUUUGGAAUCGCCUCAUGCCUCAGGCGCACCUUUCACAACACAGCUCCAUCCUUAAUGUGAAGUGAUGCAUAAUGUUAAAUGUGUACACUUGAAGAUUUCAUUUUUUUGGUACAUUCCCAUUGGUCAUAUAUACAGUUGGUCGAAGGUCUACAGGUAUCCCUCCCACGGAGGUAUUAUCAGCUGAUGCCCUUGCAUCCCUAAAUGUUUGGUCAGUUAAAGGAGGGAGGAGAGCUGUAGGCUUAACCAAAUCUAUCCAUUACUCUACUUGAUAUUAUCCCUACCCCUUUUCCAAUGGGAUCCAUCAUUCUCACUUCAGGCCUAUCUAGUCAGUGUUUUGAUAUUGUUCAUUAAUCACAAUGUCACUUAUAUUCUCUCUGCAAAAUAUCAAAGCAAACGAUUUUCCAACUAGUAUUAAUUUCAUAUCUAUCAACUAGAUAUAAUUGCUAGCAGGCAAUUAUAUCUAUGAACAGGUAUUAAUUUCAAAUUUUCGAGCAUCUUAAGCUGCAAUAUCCAUAUUCCUCACUAGAUGCUUAUGCUCAGUUUUUUCUGAUUUGUACAUUCCAAGAUACCCAAUUACUGAGAUACCCAAUUACUGUCAGUUAAAUUC